AUGGGCAUGGGAGGUGUUAUUCGUACCGAUGGCACGCACCCCAUCCGCCUCUUGAUCUCACACAACCAGAUGGGCACUAUCAUUGGCCGUCAAGGUUUGAAGAUCAAGCAGAUCCAAGACGCGUCUGGUGUCCGCAUGGUCGCUCAGAAGGAGAUGCUGCCGCAGUCGACUGAGCGCAUCGUGGAGGUCCAAGGCUCGCCCGGUGGCAUUGAAAAGGCCAUCUGGGAAAUUGGCAAGUGCCUCAUCGACGACCAUGAGCGUGGUUAUGGUACCGUUCUUUACAAUCCUGCGGUGCGUGUUCAGCCUGGUGCUGGUGCUGGUCCAUUGUCGAACGGCGGCCCCGCUGGCGGCCUGGGUGGCGGUCGUUCAUACAAUCGCACCGGUCACGGUGCCGACUUUAGCGACGCUCCGCCUGCCUUUACACGUCGCUCUGGCUCUGAUGCUGCCAGCCGCCCCCCUCCUCCUACCCAUACCGAGGAUGGCGAAGAGAUGCAGACCCAAAACAUUAGCAUUCCCUCGGACAUGGUCGGUUGUAUCAUUGGUCGCGGCGGCACCAAGAUCAGUGAGAUCCGCAAAACCUCUGGUGCCCGCAUCUCCAUCGCCAAGGCUCCGCACGACGACACUGGCGAGCGCAUGUUCACCAUCACUGGUAGCGCCAGUGCCAACGAAAAAGCGCUCUAUCUGUUGUAUGAGAACUUGGAAGCGGAGAAGAUGCGCCGCAGUCAAGCCCAGGAAUAG